GCCGACACCGGCUGCAUGAAGGGCAUGCCCCAGACAGCCAAAAUUGCCGCCUUGACCCUGCUGCCGGAGCCUGUGGUGGCAGAAGAGGAUCCCAAGUCUUCGCGCUACAAGCGGGUGCUCGACCAGCCCCUGGAGGGCCGAGGGCGCCUCAAGGGGCAGCUGGAAGAUGGGAAACCCGACCCAAGGACCCGUGCUGCCAGCGCUGAUGGCCCCAAGAGCCCUGCUAUACACAGAGUGCCGCGGAGGCCAUGGGGCUCUGCCCUGGUGAAGCCACGCCGGGGCCCAAAGUCGGCCGCAACCGGCGCAGCGACAGAGGCCGGGGCAGGCACCAGUUGCCCAUCGUCGCAGGCACUGCUUCGGCGCCCUCCUCGCCCCGAUGCAGACGCGCCGCGUUCCGAGGCCGCCCGCGCCGGGGCGCUGGCGGCGAUGGCGGCGGACGAUGCAAUGCAGGACUUGCUGCAAGGCUUCCUGUCUGAGCCCGAGGAUACGCAUGAGCCCAGGAACCGGCCUGCUCCUAUUUCUGGCGAUGGCGGGAUGUACUCCUCUGAGAGCGAACCUGACGAGUGA